CCGCCUCGCCCCCUGUUGUGUUUCCAAUCCUCUCACAAGUCGCUUCUCAUCCGUUGGUCACUCUUUUGAUCUGUCUUCCCAACUAGAGUUACACAAGUUAUCGAUCUCCCUCUGUUGUCUCGGUUACAUUAGUGUUGUUGUUAUCAAUCACCGCCCCCCCCGUCGCAUUUCCACCAGAUCGAUGCCUCUAUCCCUCUGUCGCUAGUCUGUUUACCAUAGUGUCUUGCUUGGGGGCGAGGACUCCGACACACUCGUUUCAGUCGCAAACAUGUCACAGAAGAUAGAUUUCAAUGCCCUCAGGGCGCGGACCAUGGGGUCGGGGAAUGAUGAGGAGGCGGUCACGGUUGACACUCGGGGGUUGAUCUCCAAAGUGCUGGCACGGUACUCGGGGAAAUGGACUGUUCUGCGGGAAAUGAUCCAGAACGCUGCCGACGCCAAUGCUACCAAGGUGACCAUCAGGUUUGAGACGCUACCAUCGACCACCGUCCCUCUGCCUUCAGCGGCUGACGAGAGCACUUUGAUAAAACAUACCAUUUCCAACCAUACCCUCAGGCGUCUUCUGAUAUCAAACAACGGACUUCCCUUUAGUGAGAAGGAUUGGGCGAGAUUAAAGCGUAUCGCGGAUGGCAACCCCGACGAGACAAAGAUCGGGGCGUUUGGUGUUGGUUUUUACAGUGUCUUUGACGACUGCGAGGAGCCUUUUGUGUCUUCUGGAAAGGACGCCAUGGCCUUCUACUGGAAAGGAAACGCUCUUUUUACCCGGCGGCUACAGCUGAAUGAAGACGCAAACCCCGAAACCACAUUCGUUCUAGACUAUCGCAAUGAUACUUCGCCGAUUCCCUCGCUCAUGCAGCUCUGUCAGUUCCUGUCCAGCAGUCUUACUUUUGUAAGCCUCGAGGGGAUUGAACUAUGGCUGGACGACUGGAACCUGUUGCGACUCUCGAAGAAGACUGCCCCAAGUAUCAAUCUGACCAUACCAAGAGAGAUCGAGACCAAGACGUCGCAAGGGUUGAUGAAGAUCCAGAACGUUACACGCGAGGUUGCCCAGGUUGAUGCCUUGUGGAUGCGGGUUGUUGAAUGGAACCCAAAUGCGAGCAUCUUCCGUGAAGGGCUGAGAGAUACGACAGGUUCUUUGCGAACCUUCUUCUCUCGACUCACCGGCCAGAAUGGGGCAGAAAGCCCCGUGAAGCCCGAGAAGCAGGAUAGAUCCAGCGACCCCACCGGGGACAUGACCAAGACGAUAAACGCGUCAGUCUUCCUACAUAUCAACACCGCCACCAUUCAAGCUUCCGUGAGCCAGUCUUUGAGCAGCGAGCUUGAGCGGGCUACGCGCAAACCCCCCCCUAAGAAAUCCACCAUCGCCGUAUUGACCCCUUCGUAUGAUACGACCUUGGCCUCUGGGGCGUCUGGUCUACAAUCAGAGGUCCUUUCUUCUAUUCUCCCUUCCAAGUCCGGGAGAAUCUUCAUCGGGUUUCCCACUCAUCAAACAACGGGUCUCAAUGCUCAUAUAUCGGCACCCUCCGUGAUCCCCACUGUGGAACGAGAAAGCAUCGAUCUGAAUACUCGUUACAUCAGCAAGUGGAAUCAGGAAAUGCUGAGAGCAGCGGGCAUUGUCUGCCGAAUCGCUUGGACCGCGGAGAUGGCAUCUAUAACAGCCAAGAUACUGUCAGGAAGAGAGCCAUCGAAGUCUACGAAGAUACGAAAGGACGACAUAGUCGGUGUUCUCCCAGAGGCUGUUCACACCGCGAACCAGUUCGUCUUCCGUGAAUCGACGCCGUCUUCGCUUCUAGGACAAACCAUCGAGGACGCAUUUUGGACAUGCAACAAAAGUUCUUCCAUCGAAGUCCUCUCAACGUGCGGCGUCAUACAGAGUCACCAAGCACGUCUUGCUCCGAAGGACCUUAGCUUCAUGGAUUCUAUACCCGUGCUACCGGAUGAAUUUGUAUCGGGCGCCAAAGACUUCGUCAAGAAGCUGACAGACUUUGGCCUGGUUACCGAUGUAACGGUCUCCGAUAUCAAGCGGGAACUAGAAUCCGGCACACUACGGUCUAGCCAGGUUAUUGAGUUCCUUGCUUGGCUGGGCCGAAGGGCUGCCUCUGGACAGCUUGACUUAUACUCCGUUCAAAGCCUUCUGAGUGUUGCUGUGGCAAGUGAUGAAGAUGACAGUGGCCGUCAAACCAAGUUGAUUGUUUUCGCCGGCAUCAGCAGCUAUCUAAAUCCUCAAAAGAUACCCGCUAGCCUGCCGUUGCCACCAUCUGUGGCGCCUUUCAAAUUCACGAAAUCUCUCGGGAAGCAGGAGCUGGAAGCUUUUGGCUGGACCGAGUUGCAGAUAGUUCCAUGGGUUCGCUGGCUGGUCAGCAAUGCUGGCAACCGGAGUCUUCUUCCUGCUGAACAUGAUAUCACGCAAAGCCCCUCGUUUGCCGGGCAAGUCUUGCCUGUUCUAUCUAAACAAUGGGAAUACUUUAGCCAACAGGCCAAGCAAACACUGGUGGCUCAACUACAGCCGUACACGGUCAUCCCAACUAGACUUGGGAUGAAAGUUCCUGCCGAGACUUACUUUUCCUCUGUUCGGCUGUUUGAUGAUCUUCCUGUCAUCCACGGUCUUAAUGGGGUCAAGGAGAAGUUUUUGGCCGCGCUGGGGGUCCGCAAGACAGUCGAGCUUGGUGUCAUAUUCGAGCGUCUCUUGGACACUGCAGAAUCCGCCGAUGCCUCCAGCAAGAACCGGACGAAAUGGAGCCAUGUUGACUUAAUACGAUACCUGGCUUCUGUCCGCGACGAUAUCCCUGCGAGCGAUAUCAAGCGGCUGAAAAACACCAGCUUGUGCACCGCGGAACCAAGCAAUGGCAAUGGGAGCGGCGAUCUCAAAGGCGCGAAUCGCAAACGCUACAAGAUCUUUGAGCUUUUUGAGCCGAAAGAUUCCUUCAGAGCUUUGGGGCUACCUAUUAUUGAGUGGCCUGGUAAGUACCAGCCCAGCAGUAACGAGGGCAAGUUCUUGUCUACGUUGGGUUUGAGAAGCUUUCCCUCGGCUGCUGAGCUGGUACAGAUUAUGGCCAAAGCAGCAGCGGAAAGCCACUGGACCCUUCAUACGAAAGCGAUGGCGUAUUAUAUCGCCGAAUAUCAUACGAGUGGGUAUGCUACAUUCGACUGUGGCGCGGCAACUGUUCCGUUUCUUCCCGUUGAAGGGUCCGGUGGUUUAACUGUUCCGAGUAAAUGUUUUACUGAUGAGGGCGCUACCCUGUUUGGGUUCGAGAUCCUUCGGAGAGACCUCCAUCCCCACGCACCCAAGUUUGGAGUCAAGCAGCAUCCCGGCUUGAGCGAUUGCAUCGAUAGUCUUCUACGUCAGCCGCCGUCCACAAAACGCGACGCCAGGGUGCUCUUCAAGUAUUUGGCCGGGAGAGUGUCGGAACUCAGCGCGCGGGAUAUAGACCGCGUCGGCGGUGCGCAGGUCGUACCCGUCUCGACUACAUCGGAUGCAACGGAGAAGAAGUCCAUCGUGCGUCGCGUGACGCCCAAACUUUGCUACCUCGGCGAAGGCGAAGAUUACAAAGAUAUAUUCGACUUUGUUGACUUUGGUCAAGAGGCGAAUCUCUUCCUUAUGGCAGUUGGAUCCAAGCGAGAGCCGACCAAGGUGGAACUUGCACGCAUGUUGGUCAAGGAACCAGCCAGGAUAUCAGCCACCUUCCAGAGCGCCGACAAGUAUCUCAAAUUAUUGAGGACGCUUGCCGAACAUGUCUCGGUUCUGAAAAGGGACCGAGAACUCUUCCAGGAAAUGAAGAGGUCGGCGUUCCUACUCGCCAGCAGGGACAUUACCACUCUAGCACAGGCAACAGCCGCAAAAGAUGGCCCGAAUGCCUCCGAUGAUGAGGAGGAAGAUUCCAGCAUCAAGGAAUGGACGUUAACGGCUGCCCAUGACGCAGUCGUGGUGGAUGACUUUCAGAGCUUCAACCUCUUCAAGGAGCACGUGCUAGCCGCGCCCCAGGAAGAGUUGCUGGAGAAUUUCUACCAAUCCCUUGGGGCUUUGCCGCUGAGCGGCCUUGUCGAAGAGCGUGCGCAUUGGGGCGCCGUGGCUGCCGACCAACGCCCGGCAGCCAAGUUGCAGAAGUUGAUCCGUGAACGGUCGAGGCUGUAUUUGCAUGACCAGUCCCCCGACCUCAUCCGGCAUGACGUGCGAUGGCUGGAGAAGCAUCUGCAGGUGCAAGUGGUGCACUCGAUUUCUCUCACGCGGUCUCUCAAGGGUCGCCGGAUCUCCCACACCCAGAAGCGAAGUGCCAUCAUUACCCAACAGGCCCGAGACUGGAUUCUGUGGAUAUGCCCCGGCAAAUACGACCUGUACGAGAUCAGCCAGGCCCUGGUGCAUCUGAUUCUUGUCCGGCCGAAACUGCAUUCCACCCUCACGCUGGAGAUGCUAUUGAAGACGGAUCUGUUGGAACUCAAGGCCCGCGGGUAUAACGUGGAGCGCAUUCUCAAGCAGAAGGCCCAGGAGGCCCGGAUGGCGGAGGAUAGACGGCAGAAGCAGGUCGAAGAGGAGCGCCAACAACUCCAGGAGAGGGAAGCUGCCUGGGCUCGCGAACAGGCCCAGGCCCAGGCCCAGGCACAAGCACCCCCGACCGAGAACGAGCAGUUGAUGCCGGGCGAUUUCCCCAAGUCGCCCGCCGGCAAGAAUGCGAGCCGAGAUGUCCAGGCCGAAGGGCCCGAGCCGGCUCCAGACCGACGCCCACGCGGCUUCUUUGCCAACCUGAGCAAACGGUUUGGGCUGGAGGGGAAUCGCUCGCCCUGGAAUGCCGUCAAUGGGGAAUCCUCUCAACCGGCUCUGCCGGAGUCCUCGGAGACAGCCACUCCUCCCCCGCCGCCUUACUCUGCGGAGGAUCCCCAGAAGAACCCCCAGGAGCCCCGUCCGGAGGCGCCUGUCAAUGUCGGUUCCCCCCAUCGACUGCAGACGGAGCUGCUGUCCGCGAUCCAAGCCUGCCGGCCUCACGGCUCGUCGGAUGUCUACAGCCGGCCCGAGGCCAACCAGAUCAGCGAGAACAAGUCCUAUUGUGACGAAAAGCCCAGCCACGACCUGGAGUUCGUCGCGACCCUGGCCUGUGGGAUGAACGUGCUGUUCGUGCGGACUCUCCCGGACCGCACGAGCUUCCUGUCGAAGAACAGCGUCGGCAUCAACGUGUUUGCUUCCAUGCUGAUGGACUGCGCGCAAGUGUUCUCGCUGCGGUCGGACAUCCUCAGCAUCUUCUAUGACCCGGGGGGCAAGACCAUCGCCUUCAACCGAGCGGGGAGCGUCUUCUGCAACUACUUCUACUUCCAGCAGCUGCACGAGAAGGAACUGCUCGCCAACCCCACGGCCGAUCGGGCGGAUGCGCUUGUCUACUGGUGGGUGAUCCUGUGCCACGAACUGGCCCAUAACUUGGUGGCCGACCACAGCUCGGCACACAGUUACUACACGUACGUAUCCUUCCCUGCGUCCUUUUCUUCUUCCCAACGGGCUCUAUCUAACUCUUGCGCAGCGAGAGCUUUGUUGCGCAGUACUUCCCGAAGAUGAUGGCCACGCUGGCUACUGCAGCCCCUGCAGCCCCUGCGGCCUCAGGAGCCAGUGCCUAACCUAAGCUUACGACCACUUUCUGUUCGGGGGAUUCUGUUUGCUGGAUGGAGUAGGGUGGGUGUACAUUAUGUUUGACGAACUGUGACGGCCAGGCGCCGUCAUGUACAUAUUUGGG